AUGAUCCGGUUCGAUCCGGACGAAUGCUCCGAGAUGAGCGAGGAGAAACGCUUCUACUAUCUGCGACUGAUGGCCAAACCGGGCGGAAAGCCGAUCAAGACCAAGUUUGUGACGUGGUCUCGCGACGAAGAUGUUGCAUCCGCCUCGAAUAUUAGCGAUCAACAGUUAGAGGUAACCUUUUCGCAAAGAAAAUCUGAAUUCACUUCCGGUGCUAUUUUCGAAAAUGCUACUUUACACUUUUUGUUGUUGCUCCUCGCUUUCUCGAUAACGCAAUCCAGAUGUCGUUUGAGUUGACCUUUUUCCGUAUGUUAAACUGAAACUGAAAAUUGAACUUGAAUUCGAAUUUCAAAGCCCCCUAGUGUUGAUGGCGCUGACAAAACAUCUGGGUUCCCAAACAAAUGAAUGCAAUGAGAUAUAAAAUUACAACGUCAAAGAUACUAAAAUUCAAAUCCCUUCCACUCCACUCCACUCCCACGUGAUCAGAUUCGAUUAAAUUGAACCAAUUCAAUAAAAAUUUCCAAAGGAAAAAGUGUUAACCCAUUUAUUUGCAGAGCCAGGCAAUGCGUGUUGUACGAACGAUUGGACAAGCAUUCGAGGUAGGCCAGGAUAUGAGUGGAUGUCAUCACAUAAUAAAUGACGCCCAUUAUCGAUGUACAUAGUUGUCAGCUGCGGGCAGACACCGAGCUUCUCCCUCUCCCUCUUCUUCUGUCAACUAAUCAAUUCUCUUUUGAUUUAUAGGUUUGCCACAAAGUCGCACAAGAUCAGAUGCAAGAAAAACACGAGGACGACGCUGCUAAAAGCAAACGUAACAUAAAAUUGCUCGUUCAGUUCAAUCCGGACACGUUUUGUACUGUUUCCAGUGUCCGUGCAAUCUGAAGAUGAAGCUGGACCGAACGCGUUGGAUGUCAUCGAAGAGCGUGGCGGACGAGAGGAGAACAGUCGGAGUUCGUCGCCAAUGGAGGCGCCGCCCGUCGGAGGACCGCUUUAUGGCAAACGAUUGUCGCUGGUGAGUGCGGUUGCAGAAAAAAGAAACGCUCAUGUGUCAUUUGACACCACGCUCCGCUUGACAAGAAGAUUACAUGGGUCUGAGCAGGGCUCAAAGUAACUUGAGAUCGGUUCACUGAUACCUGUAACUGAUCAGGGAGGGCUAUGCUAUGCUGUGCCAUGCUGCUGUCUAUUACCUCUUUCCCGUUGCUUGCUUUUACCUUAAGUUUUUUUUCUUUCAGUUCCAACCAAGGAAACCGUCAACGGCUAGUUCAUCCGGUGGAACUGCAAUUGAUACCACUGCAAUACCGGAGAACCUGCUCGAAAUCCCCAACACGUCACAUCCGAUUCUCCAACCAAAGGCACCGGAAAUAGUGCCUCAACUACAACCGCAAACUGCUCUGCCGUACAAUCAAAAACCGGCUCAAUCGCUUUUGAAUAUUCAGCCUCCGCAGCAGUUCAACACGCUUCCUUCUCAAAUGCCGAGCACGCAAACGUUACCAACAAUGCCUGAAAACCCGGCACAAUCUCAUAAUCCGGUAAUCAACCCGUUUUCCCAGCUUCUCUUUUCACUCUUUUGCUUUCUUUGCAGCGAAUGAUGACAGUUCCACCAAACCUACAAUAUCCAUCCGCUACGCUGCCACAUUCUCGGACAUGGGGACCUCAGAUACCUUCAUAUCCCCAGUCAUUGCAAUCUUUAGAACAAAAUGUCCCUAUGUACUAUCCAGUAAGAAAAAAGAUCGACGAGUUGUGAAAUUAUGCACCUGUAAAGCGUUUACAGCAAAUUCCGGGUAUGCUUCCCUCUUCCUCGUCGCUCCCAUUCGGACUUUCAUCGCCUGUCAUGGUCUCACCGUAUGCAACACUUCAAUUGAAUAUGCAAAGUCAACAACUCGAACAGCCAGAUCAUUCUGGAUCACAAAUUACUAUGGAUCAAGUAUGUCAUCUUUUGAGACGAUCCAAACGAUUCAUUUUUCAGUACAAUCAGCAACUGAUGCGAUCUCAACUCGACCAAGCCCAGCAGUCAGUUCAAGUGGCCGGAUGCCAAGUCCAACUUUUGCGGGACCAGUUGACAUCUGAAACAACUGCGAGACUGGAGGCUCAAUCGAGAACCCAUCAGUUGUUGUCAGCGAAUCGGGAUUUGUUGGAGCAAGUGCAGAAUCUAGUUUCAAGGUUGCAAAUGCUUGAAACAAAGAUAACAAGUGAGAUUCAUCACAGUGCUGGACAGGUAUAAAUUCAACCAAUUAUUGUUUCCAAAAAAUGAGUCCUUUCUAGCCCCAACCCACGUACCAACCUUCCACAUCCACAUUAUCGAUGCCUCGAAUGCCACUUCCCAUUGAUCACACGGAUCCCAGAAUUCCAGCCGGAUCCUCCACCCGUCCUAAUUAUCCGUACCAAGUUCAGCCGCUUGCGGACCUCCGUGCUGGAUCUCUGCCACCAGUGAAAGAAUCGAAAGAUCGGAGGAGGGAGGAAGGAGCGAGAACGGAGCCGGAGAGCAAUGCGGAAGACACGACCGACUACUCCUCAAGCGAUCAGUACGAGAAGACGUCAAAUGUGAUGAAAUCUUCGCAUUUCAACAUUCUCAUGUCCAACCCUCUUGUGGACAUCAACGUGCCGUCUGGAGCAGUUGGAGUGAGCAGAAUGGAUCAGAUUGAGCAUGACGACACACAAGGACCCAGUUCGACGCCGCCGAAGAAGGAGAGGAAAAGUGCCACUGGUAUUUUGAGAGGAGAAAAGGACUUCUCGAGGAUGUCGUUCAAUGCAAAGUAAGUUACAGAAAACAAGGACAGAGCUUUAGGACCCGUUGCAAUAUUCCGAUUGGACCAAAACUUUCUAAGUUUAAAAACAAUCGAUUUAUCUGAUCCAUUGAUACAUUUUUACAACUAAAUCACAAUAUCUCCGGACGAGAUAAUCCGAUCUGAAACUAGAACCUAAUCUAUUUCACUCUAACAUUAGAUAAACAAAGCCUGCAAAGUUUCGAUACGAUCGGAAUAUUGCAAGUCAUUCAAAAGUGCAAUCCCAGUUAGGCCCUCGAAAAGCCCGGGCCCUGUUUAUCGAGUUUCCCGAGUUUAUUAUAUACCUACGUCACAGCUUGAUAGAGCGACAGAUAGAAAGAAAGAAAACAAGGCAGACAGCACAACAACAAACAUUUGCAGGCUCGCGAGAGAAAAAGAGAAAGAACAGCAACAACUAAUGUUCGAGGAUCAAUUAGAGGAGGAACCCGCGAGAUCAAUUCCACCAAGUCCGCCACGAAAAGAAAAGAACACGACGAUAGAUUCUCUAUUCAAAACGCAAGACGAUCCUCCGACUCUGGCGGACCGCGAGAUUUUACAGCAACCACCUCAGCCGUUGCCACCUGUGAACAGGAAGAACACGGUCAGUUUUGCUUUUCGGGGGGAGUUUUUGAAACUCAGUUUUUGUUCAUUUCAGACGGUCAACCUUCUGAUGCCAACUGUGCCCUCAAUGCCGGCGAGCUCAUCGGUUGUGACCGCUAUGUAUCCACCAAUUCGGCAACCAGUGCCUGUGAACAAGGUUUCAUUAAUAUUAGGUGUCCAAGUGUAUAAUUCGUUCAGUUUCAGCCGAAAGUUGAUGUUUUCCGAAAGAAGACGCUGAGGACGUUAUCCAUGGACAUUGCGGAGGAGCCAGAGACAAGCGGAUUCGAUUCGAACAGAAAUAAUCCUUCCGGUUCAGCCAGUGGACCGUUCAGAAGGAAGCCCGCGAAUAUUCCGAACGUUGAUAUUGAGAUCAAGGAGAUCGAGGAUUAUAUUAAGUAAAGAACUAUUUCUUAGUGGAAAACUGAUACCUAUUUUCAGUCGGAACGUGGAUCGCUCAAAACUUCCGGAAACCUCGCUGCUAACGCGACUAACUCGUCAAGCUCAGGGCGACAACUCACUUGGCAACCUGCCAAAUGGCUAUCCACAGUGA